GCGGGCGGGCGGCUGCUGCUCCGCUUCGCCGCCGGGCUCAGGCUGCGCGGCCUGCCCGGGGCGGGGCUCGGCCCGGCCUGCGGUUAACUCCUUGGAGCCCGGGCGGCGGGCCGGCCACGCCCCCUCAGGUACGCACCCGCGCGUAGGCCGGGCCGUGAAUAACCGGGGGACUUAAGGGUGGGCGGCGGGCGCCAAGCCGCCUGCGCCCUGGGCUCCACCGGUCGACCCCGCCGCUGCCUGCCUGGCCUGCGCCCCGCCCCGACUGCCCAUUUCUAGGGUCUUCUGACUCGGACGCCCUAAAUCUCCCGGCUCGCUAACACCUGUCUACUCGGGCGGUCGUGGUACCCGGGGCUGGAGGGAGCCUCUGGCCGCAUCCCUGCCCUGCCCCGACCCCUCCUCACUCCAUCCCGAGUCCCCUGAGUAAAGUUCGGACGCCGGGGCUCCGCCCGGGGACCACCCUCCCACUUCUUUGUCCUAAUGACCCUCUUUUAAGAGCAGCCUCCACCUGCGGGGAAGCCACGCCCUCCGCCGGGGCCCACCCCCUGGGCCAGACCCCGCCCCCUUAAAGGCCGCCGCCCCUCGCAGCCCGCUCUCCUUCAGGGGGACCUUUCCUUGGGGUGACACCGCCACAUCAGUGUGUGCCCGGAGCCCCUCAGUGCUGCACCCCCUGCUCUUUGUGUCCCUUUCACUGAGGGCGGCCUCCCAGAGUGACUCGGCCGGUCGUUGUGACCCCUCCUCUCAAGGUGACUCCUCCCCUCGCUCUCGCCUAGCCCCGCGGCGGUGUGACCCUUCCAGCAGGUUGCGCCCCGCGUCGCGUAGACGCGAGUCUGCCCCCGUCAGGCCAGAGGAGGAGGUGCUCAGGCCUGGGCAGCGGUUGGCACCCUCUGAGUGCGCACGCCCAGGCUCGGGACGUGGCUUUCGUUCCCCCCCCCGACGUUUCCGGCUCUGCCGCCGCCGACUCCUCCCCUCAAGGUCGUCGCGAAACAGCCAAUCAUCGCCAGGGUGGCGUGACGUCGCUGGAUCCCCGGCGGACGGAGGGCCUCCGGGCAUCCGUGAGCCUGCUGCCACCGCGCGGCGGAGUGGAGCGAGGCAGGAGCGGCUGGGAGGGUGCAAGGCGGUCUGGGAGGGAGUGCACCGUAUAAGGGAAAGAAUCGCGCAGGUUUGGAGAGGGAGGAAAAGAGUCAUGGACAGUCGUGCCGGAGACGACGGAGUAGGCCAGUGCUUGUUCGUUUUUCCAGGGACUUUGGUCUCUUCACAUUAAGUUAGAGUUAACUGAAGAACUAUUUGCAAUCUUUCGGGUAGAGAUUGAAACAGGGUGGCUUUGAACUCAUGAGACUCCUGUACUGGGAUGACCAGUGUGUGUUACCAUGCCUGGAGGGAAUUUGUUUUCGAUAGUUUGUGCAGGGUCUGGAGACACUCGGAAUGUGCGCCUAUAGAAUAAUUAACCUCUGCAUAGUAAGCCUAACCGACACUGGAUUCUGGCCCUUCAUUCAUUAUUUGAGGAUUAAUGUCGGUGACGGUAAUUUCAGGCUGAAGAGCCUGCUUUUAGGAAGAGCGCUGUGCCGGUUGUAGUGAGGGAGAAUGCUUCGGAAGAAGGCCGGCCGUGUGGUGGUUCCUUCUGCUGGGGAUGAAAGACUGAAGUAGGACUAAUAAGAGAGAGGAGCGAAUGAUACUUUCUGUGCCUGUGACUCUCCUGGGGCUAAUUCAUGGCCAGUCUUCUUUCAUCCACAGGUCUGCCCCCUCUCUCCCAGUUAUUUGAGAUCCAAUUCAUAGGAAAAGCUGGGUAAAUGUUUCCUUCGACCAACUUUCGGAUAGUGUUGCUGUCCUAGCCUCUUCCAAGGGAGCCAGUGAAGAUUCUUGUGCGCAGCACCAUCAGCUCAUAAUUGAACACAUGCCAUGAACUCAGGUGUUGGAAGCUGAACCCAGACUAGCUUUGAACUUGCUAUGUCAUUGAGGCUAGCCUUAAACUCUUAUUUUUUUUUUAUUCUUCCAUCCUGACUGCAGUUUUCUGUCCUGUCCCCCACCCCCAGAUCCAGUCCCCCUUCUGUCUCCCCUCAGAACAGGGCAGGCCUCCCAGGGACAUCAACAAGAUGCUGCAUAACAUGCUACAAUAAGGCCAGGCACAUACCACCACAUCAAGGCUGGUUGAGGCAACCCAGUAGGAGGUAAAGGGUCGCCAAAGCAGGCAAAAGUCAUAGACAGCCCCUACUCUCACUGCUGGGAAUCCCACAAGAACACCAAGCUACUCAGCAGUAACAUAUGCAGAGGACCUAGGUCACACCCCUAGAGGCUCCCUGAUCUCUGUGAGCCCCCAGAGCCUCAAUCGGUUGAUUCUGUGGGUUGUGUUCUCAUGGUGUCCCUGAUCCCUCUGGUUCCUCUGAUCCUUCCUCCCCCUCCUCCACAGGACUCCCCGAGCUCCAGCUAAUGUCUGGCUGUGGGACUGACUCUGCACCUGCUCGCAUCAGUUACUGGAUGAAAGUCUCUCUGAUCUCUUUGAUGUGGAUUCUGCUAGGCUCCAGUCCCAGAACACUCUGCAGGCAGGACAUACGGUACACUGGACACUGUCCACUACUUCGGUUCAGCAUGGGCCAGACCUAUGGGCAGGUGACCGGUCAGCUACUUCGAGGCUCUCCUGGUCUAGCCUGGCCUCCUGCCCACCGUACACUUCUGCCUCCCAUCCAGUCUCCACGCUCCCCUGUAAUUUCCAGGGAGAGGCUACCUCCCAGGCGUGGGCAUGAAAGACUCAGCUCCAGCAUAAUCCCUGGGUAUACAGGUUUUAUACCACAGGCACAGUUCAUUUUUGCCAAGAAUCGCAACCAGGUUUGGGCUGAAGCUAUGGAUGAUUUUACGCAAAGGCAUGGGCCGCAGGAGAGUCAUGAAUUGUCAGAGGAGGCCGAGGAAAGAAAGGAGGAGGAGGAAGGCCAAGGGCCGGAGGCAGAGGAGCCAGAGCUGAAGCAGGAGGUGGCCCAACUUUCUUUCAUUAACAUGUCUCACAAGGCUUCCCCCUACUCCAUGGAUAACACAGAUCCCCAGAAAUUCUUCAUGUCAGGCUUCACUGGCUACGUGCCCCGUGCCCGCUUCCUCUUCGGCUCCAGCUUCCCCGUGCUCACCAACCAGGCACUGCAGGAAUUUGGGCAGACAUGCUCACGGGGCAGGGUGCAGAAGGAUCCCAAACCUUCCUCCCCACUCCCCAGGUCCAACUUCCAGAACCUGGGUCUCCUCCCUCACUAUGGAGGCUACGUGCCAGGGUAUAAGUUCCAGUUUGGCGGGACAUUUGGGCAUCUCACCCAUGAAGCUCUGGGUCUCGGCACCACUCAGAAACAGCUCUUGGCUUAAGUACCUGGACCUCAAGUUCUCCCUUUUCAUCCUAUCCCAGUGAUCUUUCUGGAAGGAAGAGAGGCGGGGAGGGGGAGGGGCACAGAGAAAAUGGUCUGGAGGCUGAGCACCUUUUUAUUAAUAGGUGUAAUAAAUAAAUAAAUAAAUAAAUACAUAAACAGAA